UACCUCUCGCCCAAAAUCAGCUGUGAUAGGCUCCAGCAUACAUACGACCCCAAUGAGGACAAGCGGCAUAGAAAAUGGAUGGAUGGAGGAUCAAUAAGGGGUUAAGAGAAGAAGAUUAUAGAUGGAAGUGGACUCACAUUGAAAGCAGUGCUGUCAGUGCGUGAACACGCUCCAUGCGCGGCCCUAGUGGACACGUGUGCCGAACAUGAAGGCAUUGCAGAGAGGAGUAUGUUGGUGCGUGUGUGUGACGCUGUGUGUGUUGAGCGUCGAUGCUUCUUGGUGGUACAUGGGCAGUCUGGGCUCUCAGGUGAUGUGCAACAACAUUCCAGGUCUGGUGAGCAAGCAGCGCCAGCUCUGCCAGCAGAAUCCCAAAGUGAUGCAAGCCAUUGGGGCCGGGGUGAAGGAGUGGAUAUUGGAGUGCCACCACCAGUUUCGUAACCACCGCUGGAACUGCAACACUAUGGCGCGGGAUCACAGCCUGUUUGGACGCCUGCUAUUGCACAGCAAUCGUGAGGUGGCCUUCAUUUACGCCAUCUCGUCAGCCGGUGUGGUCUACACAGUAGCGCGGGCCUGCAGCCGUGGCGAGCUGGACGCAUGCUCAUGCGACCCCAACAGGACGGGCUCGUGGCGGGACAGCCAGGGCACCUUCGCGUGGGGCGGCUGCAGCGACCACGUGGAACACGCCACACGCUUCAGCCGGGCCUUCGUGGAUGCCAAAGAGCGGAAGGAGCGCGACGCCCGUGCCCUCAUGAACCUGCACAACAACCGUGUCGGCAGGAAGGCAGUGAAGCGCUUCAUGACGCUGGAGUGUAAAUGUCACGGCGUCAGCGGCUCGUGCAGCCUGCGCACCUGUUGGCUCGCCUUGGCCGACUUCAGACGCACCGGCGAUCACCUGCGCAGGAAGUACGACGCCGCCGUGCACGUGGCAGUCAACCAAUAUGGCACCGGCUUCAUGCGCCUUACAGGCACACACUUGAAACGACCCAGCAAGAACCAGCUGGUCUACUCGGAGGACUCGCCCGACUUCUGCAUAGCAGACCAGGAGUCAGGCUCGAUGGGCACAGCUGGGCGUGUCUGCAACCGCACUUCCCGUGGUGCCGACGGCUGUGAGGUCAUGUGCUGUGGGCGGGGCUACGACACGUCACGGGUCAGCCGCAGCGCCCAGUGCGAGUGCAAGUUCCACUGGUGCUGCGCUGUGCGGUGCAGAGACUGCCACCAGGUGGUAGACGUGCUCACCUGCAAAGGUCACACGUGACCUCAGUCUUGAUCGUCACAGGACACCGAGCGCCUGAGGUUGCUGCAACAUUGAGACUCCUGCUGUAUAAGGAAGUGGACAUGGCCUCCCUGGUCUUUGAAGUGGCCAGCAGGAGACCACCUGCUGCUGUUAGCCGUUUCUCAACUCCAUGGUCUUCAUCAUGAAGAUGUAUCCUCGGCUCACCACCAGGUGGUGUUGUAUAGCAGUGCUUCAAGACAACACCCCCAUUUAUUGUCAAGUGGCUAUGCCAUGCUCUUCAAAUUGAAAGAAUCUGCACAUUUGUCACUGCCAAGAUGGUGACGACUUCCAAGUAAUUAGUGCAAAUUUUUGUUGUUGAAAAGCUCAUUUGGCUCUUUAAGGCUUACUCAACUACACAUCUGAAAAAAGGCAGAACAAGUGCAGCUUCUUGUUAGCAAGUGUCAGCUGUCAGUCACCUGGUGUGAUGUUAGUGUGUAGAACCUGGACAUCCAGCUCCUGUUCUGCCUGAGUGACAGUAAAAAGACCACAUGAGGAGAACACUAACAUCAUCUUGGCAUCUGGAGAGAGGAAAUCACAGCAGGUGUGGAAAGAGGCAUGUCCUGAUUGGAGACUCUUGACAAGACCACGCCCACUUCCUAUCUGCUGAAACAAUCAGAUGCAUCACUUAAAUGUCAGGUGGCAUGCAGUCAUACACGAAAAGUUCUUUAUUGUUUUUUUUUGUCUUCACUUUUUGUAAUGAUGGCAACUUUUGUACAACAAACAACUUUUAAAUAAUUGCCUCCCCUCAAAAAAAUCCCCCAAACAUGUCAAAUAAAGUCCAUUUGUUUAUCCACACCCCCUCGUCACUUCACUGGAACGAGUCCCCACGUGAGCACCAAGGCCGGUGUUUGCUUUCCGAAAUGAGAGUCCAUCCAGGUGAGAGUCUGUCAGAUGCGGGUCAGCUGGUGCCACAGGCUGGACGGCAGGAUGCUCUCCACCUUCUCCAUGAUAAAGUUGAGAGGAGCAAACAGCGU